AUCGCCAUGGAGGAGGAAAUCGCCGCGCUCGUCAUCGACAACGGCUCGGGCAUGUGCAAGGCGGGCUUCGCGGGCGACGACGCGCCCCGCGCCGUGUUCCCGUCCAUCGUGGGCCGCCCGCGCCACCAGGGCGUGAUGGUGGGCAUGGGCCAGAAGGACUCGUACGUGGGCGACGAGGCGCAGAGCAAGCGCGGCAUCCUGACGCUCAAGUACCCCAUCGAGCACGGCAUCGUCACCAACUGGGACGACAUGGAGAAGAUCUGGCACCACACCUUCUACAACGAGCUGCGCGUGGCGCCCGAGGAGCACCCGGUGCUGCUGACGGAGGCGCCGCUGAACCCCAAGGCCAACCGCGAGAAGAUGACCCAGAUCAUGUUCGAGACCUUCAACACGCCCGCCAUGUACGUGGCCAUCCAGGCUGUGCUGUCCCUGUACGCCUCGGGCCGCACCACGGGCAUCGUGAUGGACUCCGGCGACGGGGUCACCCACACGGUGCCCAUCUAUGAGGGCUACGCGCUGCCCCACGCCAUCCUGCGUCUGGACCUGGCCGGCCGGGACCUGACCGACUACCUCAUGAAGAUCCUCACGGAGCGCGGCUACAGCUUCACCACCACCGCCGAGCGGGAGAUCGUGCGCGACAUCAAGGAGAAGCUGUGCUACGUGGCGCUGGACUUCGAGCAGGAGAUGGCCACGGCGGCCUCCUCAUCCUCUCUGGAGAAGAGCUACGAGCUGCCCGACGGCCAGGUGAUCACCAUUGGCAAUGAGCGUUUCCGCUGCCCGGAGGCGCUCUUCCAGCCCUCCUUCCUCGGCAUGGAGUCUUGCGGCAUCCACGAGACCACCUUCAACUCCAUCAUGAAGUGUGACGUGGACAUCCGGAAGGACCUGUACGCCAACACGGUGCUCUCAGGGGGCACCACCAUGUACCCGGGCAUCGCCGACCGGAUGCAGAAGGAGAUCACAGCCCUGGCCCCCAGCACCAUGAAGAUCAAGAUCAUCGCACCCCCUGAGCGCAAGUACUCGGUGUGGAUCGGGGGCUCCAUCCUGGCCUCGCUGUCCACCUUCCAGCAGAUGUGGAUCAGCAAGCAGGAGUAUGACGAGUCGGGCCCCUCCAUCGUCCACCGCAAAUGCUUCUAAACGGACUGCAGAGGCUGCCCUGCAGGGAGGCGCCCGCCUGGCAGUGCCCUCCCGCAGCCCCCAAAACUGGAAUCAGCCUGAGGGAAAUCGUCCUUGAAGCUUACACUCUGAGCACUGGAUCGUAGAGCUCGUUGCUGAUUUUGACCUAGUAUUCAAGUUAACUUCCUUUGGUAUGUGUUUCAGCCCUGCACCUCGCCUGGGUUGGACCCCCAGCCCCUACGGCUGGCACCUAGGUGGUGGCGGCACGCGGAUGCUCUGUCCACGGGCCGUGGGGCUCCUGAGCCGUGCGGGGUCUUGUCGUGGAACACCGCGACAGGGUCUGUCAAGAGACCGGUGCAUGGGACCAAUCCCUGUGGGCCUGGCGCCUCCCCAGCACCAGGCUCUUCACUUGCCUUGAGUUGGAACAUGGUUGCAUUCACACCUGUAAAUUUAUUCAUUCUUUUAAUUUAUGUAAGGUUUUUUUUUGUACUCAAUUCUUUAAGAGACAAUUUUGGUUUUCUACUGUCAUGUGAGAACAUUAGGCCCAGCAACACGUCUUGUGAGGAAAUAAAGAGCUGCGGUAACCGAG